GUUCCGAAUUCAGAUUCAUGGUCAGAAUGAGUAUGGGGCCAAUUUUUGGCAAAAUGAACAAGUAACGGGUAAAACUGCAACAGCAACAACAAUAACAGCAAUAGAGAGCCAAGCAGGCCAACAACAUUGAAGCUUUUGCUUUUGAUUUUGCUCUCGCUUUUCAUUCAACGACAUUAUUUAUUUAUAGAAUAUUUCGCUUUUUGUAUUUUUGUUGCGAAUUUUCUUUCGGCGACUCUUUGGACAGACGCUGUGCUUGAUCAUUAAUUUAAUUUUAUGUACGUUAAGGCUAUUAAACACAAAUUUUAAAAUUCAUAAAAUAAAUGCAAAAGUGCACCGACUGUCGCACUCGCAGUAGCAGUCGCACUCUCAGUUACAGUGACUGUCGGUGCCACAGCCUGUAAUUAAGCGACACAGCAAACUCUCGAGGCCAGCGACGUCGUCCCGAAUGCAGUUGGGCGUGCUAAUAAGUUUUGCAAUGACUUGUGCAAACCAGUUUGGGUUUGGCCACAUCACAUUUGCGAACGCGAGCUCACUGUCUGAAUAAUAAUAAUUGCAAAAAACAAGAGCAACGUGCAACAAACACACAAGCAAACAAACAAGUUUGCAAAAAUCAAACUAAACAAACAGAAUGCCGCCUGUUCAGAAAGUGCGAAGUGGGGCAGGCAAAGGUCGCAGCUGUUGGAUGACUUCGGUGACUUUAGCGGUGUGCGUCGUUCUGGCCAGCUGCCUUAUAGCUGGCGCCGUAGCCGAGGAAUGCGGCCAGGAAGAGUUCACCAAGUGCGCCGAACCACUUGAAAUGCUGCAUUUAACGUCGGAAUUCUCGAUUGGAGCUGCCAAAAAGGACGAAUUGGAUAAACUUUGUCAUGAGCUGCGCAAAGGUGUGCGCUGCAUCCAAAGCUAUACGCGUCGCUGCAUGGACCUGCAACAGCGAAAUCAGUUCAAUAAACUCUACCACGGCACUAAUCAGUUCAUCAGGGACCUCUGUAACAAGGGCGAGUUCCAAGAGGAGUACCUGAAGCAUGCGCCCUGCUCCGAAAUGGCCAAGCGUGACUUUGAGGUGUGCGCGAAUCGUUAUAAGGAGACCAUGGUCUUCCUUAAGCCCAACAAGAACCAGCAGGAGACUCAGGAGAAUGUGACGCUGAACGAGAACAUCAAAACCAUUUGCUGCUCCAUCAACGAACUAGUGGACUGUUCGGAGAAUGCGGCCCGCAAAAUCUGUGGCAAUGAUGCCGCCAAAUUCACGCGUGAGUUGGUCGAUAAAUACGCAAACAGCCUGACCAAGAUCUAUUGCGAGGAUUUCACGCGUCAUCCGGAAAUAUGCCGGGAUGGAGAGGGCGAUGGAGCCACCACCUUACUACGAAGUAGUUUGGGACUAUUGGCAACACUGUCAAUGCUGCUGCUGGUCAGAUAGAUGAAGUCUCCGGAUGUCUGCAGACAAGUUAAGUUUACUUUUGAAAACAUUUAUUAAAAUUAGCAAAGAGCAACAAACACAAACCCACACACUGAUAAAUGAAGUUCUAGUUAAGGUUUCUAAAACACACAAAUACACACACAUACACACACACAGCCACACCCACGAAAGUGACAGCCGCAGCCUGAUUAAGGUGAACUCCACAGGCAUGUUGGCAUUAUCUGUUGCAUACAUUUUGGGGCCUAGUGUAAAGAAAACGGGCGGAGGAGCGUAGCGUAGAUAAUAAGAUGUUAAUUAUGUGUGUGAAAGAAUUGAAUGGCACAUGAGAUACAUAAAUAUAUACAAUAGUGGUAUACCUGUAUAGUUAACGGGCUGGAAGUUACAGCGCAACAAGAUGAGUAAGUUAAAAAAUCAAUAGUCAAUUGCUAUGCCGGAACUGCAUGUUGUUUCAUCAUAGUUGAUGUUAGUCUUCUACGUAGGAUUGAGUGCAACACUCCAAAAUAUGUUAAUUUUAGAGUCGAAAUGCUAUCAACGUUGAAGUGGGAGCAUAGGUUUAUAAAUUGAUGAUUACUUAGGCUUCAGUAGAUACUCGCGAACCCUUUAGUUGUACUAUCUUGCCUUUUGAGCAACCUUAACUGCAAUGCUAGAUGCCUUGCUUUUAUUUUGUGGUUUCUUUUAAUAUUUUCCAACUAGUCAAAAUUUUUCUUAAAAAUUGUUACUAAUUUUUUAAGUUGGCAUUCAAUUUGCAAUCAAAGCUUAUGAUAAUGUUAGUUAGUUUAUUCGUUACUUCCUACUUAAGUAUCUAGAAUGUUACUCUUCCAUCAAAUUUAAUUUAAAAUUUUUUGCAAUAUGAUUACCCAUUGAAAAGGAUAUAAACCAAACGCACAACAUAACAAAUAAAAAAGGAAAUUAAACACCCAAUACAAAAAGGUAAACACACAUAUCGGCAAUAAAGUAAAGUGCAUUUCCAUAAUGAAUUUUUUGAUUAUGUAUUUUAAAAGAGCUUUUUUCGACUAUUUCAUUUAAUUUUGUAGUACAAUUAAAUAAAUGAAUGCAAACGCAAGCACUUAUUUAAGAACACCAAACAUGUAAAUACGAUAAAGUGUAUUAAAUCAAAUGAGAAAUUUGCAAGCAAACUAUAUAAUGUCGUGAAUAUUGCAUACAUGCAUAUAUAUUAAUAAAUAUUAGUUUUACUUAAAAACUGUGAAUAUACAUUAUAA